AUGUCUGCAAAACCACUUUGGUACAGAUGGGCACGAGUUUACUUCGCCGGCGCGUGCAUAAUAGGAACCGGUGUAUUGCUAUAUCAAACAAUUAGACCAUCAGAUGAGAAGUUGAUUUCCCAAUUUUCACCCGAAAUCAGAGCCGAAUAUGAAAGAAAUAAGGAGCUAAGGCAAAAGGAACAGCAGAGGUUAAUGGAAAUUGUUAAACAAACUGCUGCGUCAAAUGACCCUAUUUGGAAAACUGGUCCUAUUGGAUCUCCGUUGGAGAAGGAACAACGAAAUUUAAGUAUGGAGUUGGUUGAUAAAGAAUUAUUUCACAAGACAAAAGCUGAAGAUGCACAAAAGGCGGCAAUCAACAAGAGUGUCGAAGAGUCGAAGGAGCUUGAACAGUUGUUACAAGAGCAGAAGAGAAAGAAAUCGUGGUGGAAUAUAUUCUCAAAGUGA